GGGAGUCUGACCACACGUAGUUUCUCUCUCUCUUGACGUGGCCCGUGGCAAUUUCGUAGUAUCCUUCAUUUAAAAAAUAACCUGACCUUUGGUAGAACUCUUUUGCUGGUUUGAUUGUUCAUUCUUUUUAAUCAUUUACUUUCAUUUUAAUUUCAACAUUUAUCGCUGAGUGAAGUAAAAAAAAUGAGUAAAGGCCUCAAGGAAGAAGUUAAAAUAGUGGUGAAUUCCUUGCUUAUACCACAUUCCAGAGGCCUUACACUGGACCAAUUUCUAAAGGAGUAUCACGAUGUAGAAGCAAAACCAUUUCCACACAGACAACUUGGAUUUAACACUCCAGCAGAUUUCUUGCGUUCUGUCCCUAAAGUUGUAAAGUGCACAACUUUAAGAAGUGGCCAUAUUCUUCUUCAAGCUGUUGCAAAUGAGAAUGUUUCCCACAUACAGGAGCUAGUUAAGGGCCAAAAAAGUAAUCAGACUGCCAGUCUCAAAAACCUCAAUCGGCUGCUUCAACAAAACAAUCGCUAUUACCCACCUUUUGUUAGGCAGUGCCCUCCUCCACCUAUUCAAAUCAGUCAAAAUACUAUUGGAAGUGAAUUCUCUGCAUGUGCAAGGCCACCACCUUUCAGUGUGCCAAAUCAGAUGACCAGCAGGCCUCAGGCUUCACAGCAUGUUGGCCAGACCUUUAGUUCUACUGAAGCAAUCAUUCCAUCGUCUCACACAUGUUCGAAUGUGGAAUAUGAACGUCAGUUGGUCUCCGAGUUUGAAAAACUUCUUCUGGCCUAUCCGAAUGGAGUUAACACGGCACACAUAUUUGCCCUGUAUUCGAGCAGAUACAAGAAAGAAGUAGACCUUCACCAAAUUCAGCCUAAUUUGAGCUCCAUCAAUUUCUUUAAGCGGCAUGAACAUGUAUUUCGAAUUUGGAAAUGUUCAGAAAAUGUCAUGGUAGCCCUGGUAGGGCCAUACCGUGUAGAUACAAGCCAGUUGCCAAAUGCAAAUCAGCCACCUCUAGAAGAAAGGGGCAGCCUGACGGGUGCAAUACCAAAGGGCCAAUUUUCGAAGAAUACGGAACAUCCAAAUUCGCAACCUCCUACACAUGCAGUAUAUUCAAUGUUCCAAUCGCCGCCGAAAGCUGCACCUCCAAUGUUUCAAUCUCCAACCAAAGCAGUGCCCUUUCAGUUUAAAACUCCCCUAAAGGCCACGGGCUUUUCAGCUGAAGACGUUAAUCGUACAGCAAAUAGUAAUGCCUUUCAACCCAAGCUGUCUGCUACAGAUAUUCGCUUGCGUAACCCUGACGCCGGGGCAUACCAAACAGUGACAACCGAAUGGAAUUCAGCAAAGCAUUCGCCUGUAGCUCAUUUGACUCCAUCGAAUAUGAUCCCUGGCAGUUGCCAUGCACCUGCCGUCGCUGAUGAAGCUCUACCAGUCACAUUUGGUGUGCGUCGACCGAAAAUUAAUAACGUCUAUGAACCGGAUACAGAAAUUACAAAACAGGCAUUUCCAUCGAACCUGGCCAGUUUCGACUAUUUUUUUCUCAUUGUUGCAGAAGUCUAUUCUCCUGGCGAAUUCUAUUGGUUUCUGAGCGAAAAUAGAAAACCUAUAGAAGAUCUGACGGAUGAUAUGACGUUGUUUUACGGUGCUACUUCUGAUUAUUUCAUAUUUCGUGGAGAAAUGUACAUCGGUCAACUAGUUGCUGCCAUGUACACGGACAAUCUGUGGUAUCGAGCCCGUAUUGUUGGAUGCCACGAAGAUAUGUUCCAGGUUUUCUAUGUAGAUUAUGGCAGCAAAAACUUAGUAAAGAUCGAACGGUUACGCCACCUCCAUUUGCGUUUCACGAAGUUACCACUGCAGGCGUUUCGUGGUCGAAUUUUCGGCAUUCGACCCUUGCCCACUGAGAAAAAAUGGUCGUUUGAAUCAGGCAAAUGGUUUUUGGAUCUUAUCAAAGGUUGUAAAAUUAUCGCCGCUGCCAAAAUGAUUGAAGAAACCUUGGCUGUACCCCAAUAUGGCAUUGAUACAGUCUAUUCAUUAACCUUAGUCGACACGACAAAAGAGAACGACGUUCACGUUAGCGACUAUUUGAUCGAAAAUGGCUUUGCUGUUGCCUGUGAGGAAGAACAGAGAGCAUUGGCUGCUGCCACUCCUGCUGUUGAAUGUUUGGAUCUUACUCCUGCGCGUUCGCCAAGUCCAACUGGUACAUUUCUUUCGUCUGCCACAACUUCGCUUGUACACCAGUUAGAGAACACAUGCCUCUCAUCUCGAGCAACGUCGCCACCUGUAAGUCCAGGACAGUUUAACUUUUCCUAUCCUUCCAUAGAUGACAUUAUCGUACAUGAGAAAACUCUUGUGAAGACAUGCACAGAUCAAAUCGAAAAUCUUGCACUGGCGGAACAAUCUCCGUAUACCACAUCUCUGUCUGCAGAACCAGAAAGGUCCGAACAAUGUUAUGUCAGUCAGCUAGUUUUGAAAGACGGACGAAUACUGUACAUAGUUGAAGAUGAUGGCGCGCUGUAUCUUCCAAAGCCCGAUAUGUUGAAGUUGAUACCCAAUCUUGAUCGGCAAAUAGCAGCUCUCAAAGUGAGAGUCGACGUCAAAGUUGUCAAUUUCCAGACGCAACCGCACAUAUUUAGCGAUUGCGCAAAUGCUGGCGCACCUUGGAUUAUGAAUGAGGAGGGCAAUAUGGUACCCCAACUCAUUCUUUACUCAUUACAACAUGUUUCUCUCUUAUUGUUUAUAUGUUCGGUAAAGGAUAAGAUGGUUUCUUCUGCCAUAGAGUCCAAACGAAAGGAAUACAGCAAUAAAUGUGCAUCAUAGUCAUCACGUUUUCAACAACAAAAAUACUUGAAGCUUUUAGGCGUGAAAAUCGAAAUGUUUUUAUCGCGAAGUGCUCAAUCCAGGAAAUGUCUGUUUUAUUAAUAUAACUGUCGAGUUACGAAUAUUACGUAAUAAUACAGACUGUAAAUUUUUGUUUUGAAUUCCGUUAUCUAUCUAUUCUAGCGGAAUAAACUUCUGUGCCUUUAAUGCCAAGUCAAAAUUGAAAUUCAAAAAUGAUCACUGCCAUCUAGCGAAAAUUUAUUUUACUGCUCCGUGGGAGAGUCUCGUCUUCGCGACUUCGUUCUGCUGUCAAAGCAAGCUGACAACUUUGCCAUAGUUUCUUUGAAAACGCCAUUCUUGAGCCGAUUCGCCAAAUAACAAAGCGAAUACAAGUCACUUCGUCACUCUGGUCAUCGUCUGCGAAAACACCACACCUACAAAAAUGUCUGAAGAAUUGCCACCUGGUUGGGAGAAACGAGUAAGCCGAUCGUCAGG